AUGGCCUCGCAGCUGCCCGCGCACUUCGUCUUCGCCACCCUGGUGCCGUGGAGCUCUCCGCAGCGACCUAGCAAGCUCGCCACACUGUUAGACUCUGCGCCUGGAGGUCAUCGGGAUGCACAGGGGAUCGAGUCCCUGGCGUCUGAGUGCGGCAGCUUGCUUGUGCCAUGCACGUUUGAAACGCGGUACGAGAAGCGCAUGAUGAAGAAGCUGCUGAAACAGCUCGAGCCGUUCAGUGAUUUCUGCGCGUUCGUGCUGCAGUUGCGUGAGGUCCCUGGUGAAAUGAGCCGAGAAUACGUACAGAAGGUCAUGGCGCCCCACGACGCGCUCCUGCUCUCGGUGCCAACGCUGUGGUGUUGGAUCCCGGUGACACUCCGGAUCGGCUGCUGCAGACUCUCGACCAAGACACGGCUUGGUUCGAAGCGAAUGCGCGGCGUGCAAAGGCGAUGA